ACCAUGCCUUUUAUCUCUCUAUCGCUUGACGGCGCAAAGUAAUCUGAAGGCACCUAAAAGAUACAGUGGCAGUUUCAUUACGAUAACGAAUAGGCGGAUCUCUCUCUCUCUCUCUAAAAUAUUCGCCAUAUGUGCUUUUACCCAAUUAAACUCAUUUCAACAGCCUCCGCUUUUGGAUGCGGAUACGGUUAGCACGGAGUGAAAACCAAAGCGCGUUUAUAUUGCCAGCAAGAUGGAAUCGGUCACGGAAUUGCCGUCGUUUCCAUUCCUGGAGCUCAAUAAUAGUAGUAUGGUGUUCAAUAAGAGUAUUGACAAUAUAAAUCAGAUACUGGCGACCAGCUUUAACAUGGCUCCGGAACAUGCCCUAGAGGCAGAGGAGUAUGGCUGCUUCACCGCCAACUGCUCACCUUCGGAAUACGUGGAAUUUGUUCUGGGCCCACAAACGUUACCACUCUAUAAGGCGGUUUUGAUUACUAUUAUAUUUGGAGCUGUUUUUAUAACUGGGGUGAUAGGAAAUCUUCUUGUGUGCAUAGUGAUAAUAAGACAUUCCACAAUGCACACGGCGACUAACUACUACCUCUUCAGUCUUGCCGUUUCUGAUCUGCUCUACUUACUCUUUGGACUACCCGCCGAAGUGUUUCUGUACUGGCACCAGUAUCCAUUUCUCUUUGGAUUGACCUUUUGCAAGAUACGAGCAUUCAUAUCUGAGGCUUGCACUUAUGUGUCGGUGUUUACGAUCGUUGCCUUUUCCAUGGAGCGAUUUUUGGCCAUCUGCUAUCCGUUGUACCUGUAUGCAAUGGUUGGGUUCAAGCGUGCCGUGCGGAUCAUAACAGCACUGUGGAUUAUAAGUUUUAUAAGCGCCAUACCGUUUGGUUUACUCACAGACAUUCAAUAUCUCAUUUAUCCACUGGAUAAUGCCCCCAUAGCGGACUCUGCAUUCUGUUCAAUGUCCCCAGAGAUUCCGAACAUCAUACCCAUAUUUGAGAUAUCGUUUUGUGUGUUCUUCGUGAUUCCCAUGAUCAUUAUCAUUUUGCUGUACGGGCGCAUGGGAGCUAAGAUACGAUCAAGAACCACACUAAAAUUGGGGGUUCGACAUGGAACCAUCAAUCAAGAAGCGAGAAACUCACAAAAGAAAAAAAAGACAGUCAUACGAAUGUUGGCCGCUGUGGUCAUAACAUUUUUUGUGUGCUGGUUUCCCUUUCACAUUCAAAGACUUUGGUACUUGUACGCAAAGAAUAUUGAAAAUUUUCAAGACAUAAACGAAUGGCUGUUCUCCAUUGCUGGAUUCGCAUACUACGUAUCAUGCACCAUUAAUCCAAUAGUAUAUAGUGUAAUGUCACGUCGCUAUCGGGUCGCAUUUAAAGAGUUACUUUGUGGCAAACCUGUGGGAGCCUACUACAACAGCGGAUUUGCAAGGGAUUGCUCGAGCUUUCGAGAGCCCACAACGGCCACAAGUCUGGGUAACAACAAGGGCUACGAUCGGGUUCAAUCUGUACACGUUCGAUCCAGCCAUUAUGAUAAUGCUAACGAAAGCUCUUCUAUGUCUUCGAAUAGAGUGCUAAUCAAGAAAACAUACAGCCUUCCUCUACCAAAGAAUGCAGACUCAACCGUAAUAAGCAGAACAGAUAUUGUGAUCGUACUUGAAAAUAGUGCAAGUGCCCGAACAGAUGGCGAAGAAUCAAAGGAAACUUGCAUUUAAAGACGUACGAUAUUAAGAUAAUUUAGGGUUACAAAUGUAAAAUCUGAGCUAACUUGCAAUUUGACCUUUUUUAAAUCUAAGGGAUUGGGAAACACCUCCACAUGAUUUUAACAUGGAAUAUGCUCACAAACACUGAAAUUCAUAUCAAGAACCUCCUAUGUAAUAUUUUCUAUGAAUAAGCAAUUAUAUUAGCACAUAAAUGAUUUUUAAGAAUACAAUAUUUAUUUAGUUUUGAAUAUGGAAUUAUUAUAGACAUCAUGAGGAAAAAAACUUCGUAGUUCCUAUACUCUCGUGCGUAGUGUAGAGAAUGACCAACAUCUUGUGCUCUUUAAUCGAGAUAAACUUUUCGUUGAUGUGGUUUUUAAGAUGCAGAUAAUUAUCAUAUUUCAAAAACCAAAACUAACAGGCCUUUUAUCAAUGAACACAUUAACGAUUUACAGUUUCUAAGAUGCUUUGCAUGACAAUGACAGAAACCAGCGCUUUUAUUUUGAUAUCUCAUACAUAUGUUGUUCUCUUGAAAGAAACCAAUGCCAAAAUGCCAAACCAAAGCGAAAGUCGUACCAUUAUAAUCUAUAAUUAUAGUUCAUUUUCAUUUUCAUUAUCUUACGCUAAAAGAAUGCAUAAAUUAUCGAAAACUUAAAUAAAUGAAAUGGAAAUGAAAAACUUGUAAACUCUCAACUGAGUACAAAUAUUCACUGAUUAGCUGAAACCUGUACUCGUUUGACUCCAGUUAUGAACACAAAUGAAUAACCUUUGAUAUAUGUAACUUUCUCCUACAAGACGAACAAUUACUAAAUAAUGAAUAAUAUUUACAGCAUAUUCAUUUGUAUAUUGUUGAUGUAGGUUCUCAUGCAUUACGUUUAACAAAAAUAUACAAUAAAAUACACUU